UGAAUAUUCAUUGAGACAAACGUCUUUUUGGCUCAGCUAUCCCAACAGAACGGGCGCAGAACGUGCCAUAAGAAUGCCAACUUUUUCAAGAUGUCCGCGAAUUUUGGUGUUGCUUUUUUAUCCCGGUUUGGCCACCAAAAAAAUCAGAAUUACUUUAUCGGCCUGUCCACCUCAACAGGCCAAGGUUUGCGGCCAUCUUCCCGUCUUCACCUUACCUGACCGCUUUUUAUGGGGCGAAAGAAAUAGUAGGAAGUAGAAUCGAUUUACCAAGUACGCCGUGAGGUAUAAGCCGAGGAUCAAAAGAGGGGUUUAACUACCUAGAUGGGGAGGAACUGUCUUAAAAGACUUGGCUCGGCGCCUCUGCAAUAUUUAGCAUGUUGUCGGGAAACUGAAACUGGGCUGACUCUUUCCCCCCAAAAGACAAAACCCAGGGCGACAGACACACAAGGAUGGCCCACUCGUUCCACGUCAAGCUCGGCCAGAGCCACCUGAAAUGGUCGCAGACGGUCCCGCCGAUCCUGACGGUCACCUCGGGAUCGGAGGUGGAGUUCGACCUCCUCGACGGCAGCCACAACAUGUUCCGGCCCGACAACGCCGCCACGGCGCUCGCCGACUUCGACUCUAGCAUGGCGAACCCGGCGACGGGGCCGAUCUACGUCGAGGGCGCCGAGCCCGGCGACGUGCUGAAGGUUGAGUUCCUGGACCUCGUGCCGGGCCCGUACGGCUGGACGGCCAUCAUCCCGGGCCUCGGCCUGCUCUCGGACGAGUUCACGGAGCCGCACCUCAAGAUCUGGGACCUGUCCGACGCGGCGCUGUUGGGCGUCCCGGGCAGUCCCGCGGCGGCGGGCGGUAGGCGGGCGGUCUUCAAGCCGGGCAUCUCGAUCCCCGUGCGGCCGUUCCUGGGCCUCGUGGGGGUGGCGCCCGCCGUGCCGGGCGAGCUGUCGCUCAUACCGCCGUACGCCGGCUCGGGCGGCAACGUCGACUGCCGCGACCUCAGCGCCGUCGGUAGCACCCUGUACCUGCCCGUCAACGUGCCGGGGGCCCUGUUCAGCUGCGGCGACGGCCACGCCGCCCAGGGCGACGGCGAGGUGUGCGGCACCGCGCUGGAGACGCCCAUGCGCGCCCGCCUGCGCCUGACGGUCGAGAAGGCGGCCGCUCGGGCGGCCAAGGGCUGGGCGCUGGCCUGCCCGCACUACGUCGCACCGCCGAGGGGCCGCGCCGGCAUCGAGGCCGACGUCGCCGCCGACAGGGGGGAGUACGCGGCGCUGGGCAUCCACGAGGACCUCCGGGAGGCGACUCGCAUGGCGCUGAGGGGCGCCAUCGACUGGCUCGUGGCGGAGAAGGGGCUGACUCGCCUCGAGGCGUACAUGCUCGCCUCGGUGGCGGGGAACUUGAGGAUGUCUGCCGUGGUGGAUAUGCCCAACUAUGCUAUUUCCUGCGCUAUCCCUCUUGGUAUUUUUACCGAAUAGCGUCUUUGUGGGAAGAUCACUUUUGUUUAUAGUUCCUAUUCGUCUCCUCCUUCAUGCAUAGCAUUGUCAGGUAUAUAUUUACGUACGGCCUCAUCAUUUGCUAAAACACUCUGGCCAGG